GAAUGGUAUAGAAAUAGAUCGAGGUGUAGAUCUGAUGAGGUGGUGAGCUCGAUGGCUGCCAGCACGGCCACUGGUCUUGCGAUCACGAAUCCCUUGGUCAAGUACAGGGCAUUGCUUGCGACUCGUGCCAUUGCUCCUGAUCCAGCCCAACAUCGAUUAGCAAUCCAUUUGGCAAAACUUUACGAUCGUCUCAAGGACUACGAGCCAGAAUUGGAAUACAGUCACAAACUUGAUCAGAUUUCUCGAGCAGUAAACGCACAGCGUCGAUAUGGAUCAGGCUCAGAAGAUGACAUUGCGCCGAGAAGAAGCAUUUGGCGCGAGUUCUUCGCAGCCAAGGAGAGAAGAGACUCGUUGGCACUUACUCGAAAGCUGACAUCUCAUGAGUCGGCACUCCAGAUGGACUCACCCAAAGGCCUCAUGCUCCACGGAGAAGUUGGAACUGGAAAGUCGAUGCUGAUUGAUCUGUUCGCGGACUGUCUGCCAAACAGGAAAAAGCGGCGCAGUCAUUUCAACACCUUCAUGCUGGAGACUUUUGCCAAGCUGGAAGCCUUACGUUCUGAUCGCAUGAGAAUGGAAAGAUCCAGUCUUUAUUCUCAGCUGAGUUUUGCGGAGGACGAUUAUUCGUUGCUCUGGUUAGCAAAGGAAAUGAUACAAACAUCACCCAUAUUGUUCUUGGAUGAAUUUCAAAUGCCAGAUAGAGCGGCAAGCAAGAUUUUGACAAAUCUGAUGACCAGUUUCUUUCAACUUGGAGGGGUCCUGGUGGCGACGAGUAAUCGCAUGCCUGAGGAAUUGGCCAAGGCCGCCGGUAUUAGCUAUGCGCCGCCCGCUGAGCAGAGGAGUUUUGGGUGGCAGUUUGGACUCGGAAGGCGACGACAGCCGUCUGGCAGAUAUGGAAGCUACAACGAAUUCGCGGCAUUCUUGGACGUGCUGAAGGCUAGGUGCGAAGUGUGGGAAGUUGAAGGCUCGAGAGAUUUCAGGCGACUGGAAAGUGGCAGUGUCGCCCCCGUGAAGGACAUCGACUCGCUGAUAGAGGAUGCCCCGGGCUCUGGAGAUGGCUCUGCCGAUACUCUGUUGACUCCCGCUGUUGAGAAUAUCGAUUCCGCCGAGAAGCCUGAAGUCCAGCUACCCAAACACUUUAAUGUGGCAGCAGAAGGUGCUACAACAUUGACCGAUGCUGCUAUCGGCGAAGCGCUCGGCGGGAAAUCUGUUGCCGCUUGGGCGCCAGCCACAAUGAUCGUAUAUGGCAGAAAAGUAAGGGUUUCCAGGUCGCACGAGGGUGUUACUAUGUGGACCUUCGACGAACUUUGUAAAGGAACGUACGGCCCCGCUGACUACAUCUCCUUGGCUUCGACCUACCACACCCUAGUACUGACAGAUGUGCCCGUACUCAACUGGCUCAUGAAAAACGAGGCGCGUCGCUUCAUCACACUUCUUGAUGCACUGUACGAAUGCCGAUGCAAGCUGUUCGUCUCAGCAGCAGCAGGGCCCGACGACAUCUUCUUCCCCGAGGAGAAGAAGCGAGCGGAGGAAGGUGACAGUGGAGACUCAGUCUACUCUGAAACACUCUCUGAAGUCUACCAGGAUGCAACUGCACCUUUCAGGCCGAAUGUGUUGACGCAGAAUCCCAACUACAGCGAGCCGGAAAACGAGCCGGACUAUACGCAUGCUCGGCUUGCCGGAAUCCUUCAGGCCGAUGCGAAAAGUGAUGCACUUGAAGACGGCACGCCGAUUUCAAGAGGUGCGGUCGGCGGUUCGUCAAGCAGCCCAUUCGGUCGGUCGUUCGGCAGAACCGAUGCGGAGCUCGAACGGAAGCCGAUCGAUCCCGACGAGGUGCGGUACUCGGCUCGACCGAACUUUCAGAAGACAUCAGCUUUCACUGGAGAGGAUGAGCGCUUUGCAUACAAACGUGCCCAGAGCAGAUUGUGGGAAAUGUGUUCCGCCCGUUGGUGGCAGAGGGAUGAACCGGGUUGGCAUCGUCCGACCCCCAAGGAGGUUCGCCGCUGGGAGGAUCCAGAAAUCGACCCUGCAGCUGGUGCAGAAACGUUCACCGGUACUACGGAAAUUCGCAUGGGAGCUUCCACAGAAGAUACCACGCGACCACCGGAAAGCUUCAAAAGAUAUGAUGGCGGACCGUUCAAGCCGAAACUUGAGCCCGCGCGCAAAAUUAGCUGGACGCAUGCUUGGGGCCUUGGAGAGUGGGGGAAAAGAGCUGGAGCAUGGGGUAAGGGUGUCGAUGGAUUGAAAGACCGCGGAAGUGAGAAGUGAUAGAUGCAUUCAUGCAGGUAAUUCACCGCCACCCUAUGCAGUAGCCUGAAAGAGGAAUUGCAAAUUUGAGUUCGAUGCAAGCGUGACAACGAGGAGGAAUACUUCCGUUUGG